AUUUACUGCCGACCCAGUGUUUUGCAACACAAAACACGGCCACGGAUCGGAAAUAACAUUAUUACUGUAAGUCACUGUAAGUUUUUAAUUCCUGCCUGUAUGGAAUAACGUUUGGGAUUUUUUUAACACGUUAGAGUGCAGAUUGGUGCUCUGUAAUGCAUCAUGGGUAAUCUCUUUGGGAAGAAGAAGAGCCGAGUCACGGAACAAGACAAGGCAGUUCUGCAACUGAAGGAACAGAGAGACAAACUGAAGCAAUACCAGAGGAAGAUUGAGGCCAAUUUGAUGAGGGAGCGACAGGUUGCCAAGACGCUCCUACGCGAUGGAAAGAAGGAGAAAGCCAAGGUGUUACUGAAGAAGAAGCGGUACCAGGAGCAGGUGCUGAGCAAGACAGACAACCAGCUGAGUAACCUAGAGCAGCUGGUGCAAGAGAUUGAGUUUGCGCAGGUGGAGGCCAGGGUCAUAGAGGGACUCAAGACGGGCAACGAAUGCCUCAAGAAAAUGCACCAGAUGAUGUCAUUCGAAGAUGUGGAGCGAAUCAUGGAGGAAACACAAGAGGGUAUUGAGUACCAGAGAGAAAUUGAUGAGCUCUUAGCAGGUGGUUUAACCGAGGAUGAUGAGGCAGCGGUCCUGGAGGAGUUAGCACAGCUAACAGGAGUAGAGGAGGCAGGGAACCAGCUCGAGCAACUACCAGACGUGCCGAUGGACAAACUUCCCGAGAUCGAACAAGAGGAAAGGAGGAAAGAAAGAACUGAAGAACGGGAGAUGGUCCUGGCAUCCUGAGAAACAUCACCGAUCAGUAUCAUGUAUUAUAUAUAUAAUAAUUCGUAGUGUUUUUAUACGCAUGAAAUAAACAUUAUGUAGAGACCCAUUAUAAGGGGAACUGUCUACUGUUAAAGGACUAUAAUUAUCCUGGGGCAGUGGCUGUGAUAAUACCCAGUCUCUAUACAAGGGCGGAUCCAGAACACAAUUUUUUGGGGGGCCAAAAAAAAAUGUGUGUCUCCCAAAAAGUGGGUCAAAAAAUUAUAGCGUGGGGUUUGGGGCCCGCUUAAG